GGGAGGGGAAGGGGUUAGUGUGAAUAAGAAGGUGAGGAGUUGUAUGUUCAGUCAGCCGAAGAAGAAGAAGAAGCAGAAGAAGAAAGGGGGAUCGGGGGAGGAGGAUGUCCUCACUCUCCCCUAUGGACUGAGCAUGGUGGAGAUGACUGUAGUUCAGCCCCUCAAAACAGGCAACGUGCAAGUGACUCAGAGACCCUUCUCUGGCAAACAAGCACAGCCACUGAGACACACUUCGGAUGGUCAGCCGGUGGAGGACUACUGGAGGGCCAUGAGAGAACUGCAGGGCAGUGACAGUCUGUCAAUCAUGUCAGCUGCAGACAGAGAGAGCAGGAGACAACUACAGGAAGAAGAAGAAGACUACGACGAAGACGACGAAGAUGAUGAUAAAAAGGAAGAAGGAAAAAAGAAUGAGCCACUUCCUAUGGAUCAGGACAGAAUCGGAAAAGAAAUUGUUCCUGUGAAACAAAGUGAUCAAAUCAAAUUAGAGGAGUGAAUAUUUCAGUGAUAGAAUGAUAAAAUUUGCGAAAGUUAUUAUUUGUCCAA